AUGCAUACAGAUGACUAUGUUUACCUACUGCCUUGGCUACAAACCGAAAAGGAGGACACUUUACCGUGGAUUGGUGACGACGGACAAAUACUACAGAAUAUCAAGGAACUAUUUGCGAAUGCUAUCAUUAUAGAUGUCGUGAGUGCAUUCGGUAAUACACUCGUAACACCGUUUCGGGAGCAUCUUGAAGCCAGCGGAAUGACAGCGGACGAUUUAGAUUUAGUGAGUGAUUAA